GGAUGAGGCUGUGGCUGCUCCAUCUGUUGAUCCUUUGUGGACUUCAAAACUGAUGAAGGACCUUGCACAGGCUGAGGUGCGGCCAUGAUUAAAGAACUGCUUUCCCUCCUCUGCAUCGGGCUGUGUGCUGGACAAGGGGACAGAAGAGGUGUGCUACUUCCCAAACCCUUCCUCAGCGCCUGGCCCAGCACAGUGGUACCUCCCCAGAGUAAAGUGACGCUGCGAUGCUUGUCUUCUAUCAACGAUGUCAGCUUUAGUCUUAGACGGGGAGAAAUUCUCUUGGAGAGCCUCCUGCCUUCUCAUUCUACAGAGAGCUGGACCAAAUUCCCCCUGAGUGACCUGCAACAACAUGACACUGGGGAGUAUACCUGUGAAUACUACUUUAAAGGGGCCCCAUUUAUAAGGUCAGAGCCCAGCAAUGCCCUUGUCCUCGUGGUGACAGGAGCUUUACCCAAACCUUCCCUCCAAUCCCACCAAAAGGGUAAGGUGGCUGCUGGAGAAGACGUGACUCUGUGGUGCGAGAAGCCAUUCAACUCGACUGAAUUUAUGAUAUUCGCUCUAAUGAGGGCAGGACAUCCAACACCCAUACAGCUCCAGGGAGCAGAAGAGAGCACUGGGGAGUUCCUCCUUCAGACCAUGACAGUCAGUGACACUGGGAACUACAGCUGUGUGUACUACCAGGCAAACACUUCUUUCUUGGCCUCCCACCCCAGUGACUGGCUUGAGAUCCUGGUGACAGAUCCAUGUGAAGGAUGUUCAACGUUCUCUCCAGAGACAGAUCAAGCUGAAGUGACAAAGUCUCCCCGGACAGCAGGUACAAGUCUAGAGCCCACCGGAAUCAUCCUUAUCGUCAUCUUCAUCUUAGUCAUCCUCCUUUCCUUCGCCUUCAUCUGCAAAUACAGCCCAUGUGAGGCAGCUUCUGAUAAGACGGCCAGAAGUUCCAACUCUUCCAAAGGACCUGAAGAAGCAGUGUCAGAUACUCCUACAGCGAUAAAGAGUGGCUCCCCCGCCUAGGCUGAAGAAUCUCAGCUUCAAGAACUUCAGCCCUAAGCGAGGGCCCUUCAGGCCUUAGGAAGCAGCCUCUAGAGGCCUCUGUGCACCUGGACUGAGGUGUGGCCUGGAGUAGGUUGGAGCCCAGGAAGCAAGAACUUAACUACAAGGGAAUGGAGACGGGAUAGCGUUCCCUCUAGGAACUAGGCACAUGAGUACCCCUUUCCCCAAAUUCUCAAUGAAGAUGUGCUUCCUUCUUCAAAUGAUUAUACUUAUUUUUAAAAAGAGUUAUCAUUUACCUAGGUUAAAAUGCACAAGUCUUAAGCAUACAUUUCAGUGCUUUUCUUUUUUAAUACACAUAUCCCACGGUGUAACCACCACUGAGAUCAAAAUAUAGAAUGUUUCCAACAUUCCAGAAAAUUCCCUCGGGAUCCCCUCCAGGCAAUUGCAACUUCUCCAGAGAUAAACUUCAUCUUCUGACUUUUAUCAUCAUGGAUAGUUUUGCCAAUUCUUGAACUUCAUAUAAGUAGAAUUACAAUGUGUGUUCUUUUGUGUCUGGCUUCUUUCAUUCAACAUGUUGUUUAUGCGAUUUAUCCCUGAUGUUGCAUACGCUGGUAUUUUCUUCCUUUUUAAUGCUGAGUGUCAGUCCAUUCUUUGAUUAUACCAUGAUUUGUUUAUCCCAUUGUUGGACAUUUGGAAUGUUUCCAGUUUUGGGUUUUUAUGAAUAAAGCUGGCA